AUGGCCCUCUCCGCCUACACGGGCGAGUACUGGAACGCCGGCUAUCACAACAUGACCGUUGACAUCAGAGACAGGAAGCUCCACAUCGAUGGCUCAGACCGUUCUUUUGCCUUCCAGAUUGAAUUCGAGCAUGUGUGUAAGCAGACAAGGUAUAUUGCACACAUGAUCCUCCAAAAUGAAGGAGGCGAUAGCCCUCUACGGGCCGAGUUUCAGUUUGAUGGUGAUAUGGCAUCUAAAAUGGGCCUGUAUCUGGAAAAUGCGCUGGACGAUCUUAUUUGCUUGUAA